CUCAUCUCCGAAUUUCGCAUCAAAUAAUAUUUCCUCGAAAAUUAGCUAAAAAGGGAUACGUUGAGGGUAUUUCGGACAAUUUAUACUUACACUAUAUAUUCAUUUUUGUCCCAAUUUUCAUUCAUUCAUCAAUUUCCAUUCUCUCUCUACACAAACAAAAAACCAAUUCUCUCUCACUUCUCUCUAGAAUCAAAAUACCAAAAAGAUAGAAAAAACUCAAGAACACUAUGAAUUUCAUAGCAUUCCACAAAAGCACAAAAACAUGAGAUCUCAAAUCUUCUUCUCGAUUCUUUUUUCGGAUCGCACUGCUACUAGCCAGUGAUCACCACUUUCGGCGGCUUCAAUCCUCCACACCAGCCGAGCUCGCCAGCCUUCUUCCGUCACGCAACUGCUAGCCGCGACGCUCUUCCAACUUCUCUGCGGAUCGCGACUUCGGUUGUUUCUUCCUCCGAUCAAUCUCCGGCACAACGUACCUCCUCCUAUCCGUGUUCUCCGAUCUCCUUCUCAUUUUCGGUAACUCCCUGAUCUUGCUAAUUGUCGUGACUCGAGUAUAAGGCGGAAUGAUGAUUGUGAUUAGUUCUGGAAUCAUUGUAGAGGAUAUAAUUGUUGUUGAUUCGUUUACAGUACUCUAUAAACUAAAUAUGUGCAUAUAAGGUGUUCGAUUCAUUGUCUAUGAUAAUUUUGGUGUUCUUGUUAGUGUCUGUGUCAUGAGUUCGGUGAUGCCGUCGCAUUGAUUAAGUCUAAUUGUUGCUGAAUUUUUGUUAUGAGAUGUUAUCACGAUGAGCAAUUGAAUGGAAGUAGAUAUUAAAAAUAGUGUUGAUGAUGAUACUAAUCAGUGAGGAUAUCGAUGUUUAAUUGCAAGUUUGAACAAUGAAUGAUGAUGAAAAUUGGUUUGAGGAUUUGUUUGACGGCAAUGGAAUAAAUAAUUAUGACAUUAGUGGUAUUCUCGAUCAUGGAAUAAAAAGCAUGAGUAGAAAUCCAUUUGUGAUUAAUUCUUGAUUGUUGCUUAAGCUAGAUGUUAAUGAGGAAGGAUAAUGUUUGUUUGUGAUUAACUUGUGUAGCUUGGUGCUAGUAGUACAUGUUAGAUAUUUGGCACUCACUGUCAUGGAUAUGUGGAACCGACUGUGUAGCUUAAUUGUUGACUCUUUAAUAUUGCUUAUGUUUUUUUUUACAUAAAGAUGUUCUCUUGAGUUGUUGAUUGUGUUGUGUUGGAUUGCUCUAAAUUGAAAGAUAUUGUUAAGGAUGGAAGGUAUUGUGUUUACUUGAGAACCAUGUCAUAGGUGAAUUUUCAUUUCUUUGCUUUGUGUAUCAUUUACCAUGAGCUAAUACUUUGAGUUUGUGUAUGUUUAAGUGUUUUUUCGGGACUGUUUUGGGAAGUUACAUAAUGCAGUUUUUUUUUAGGAACUAAUUGUGGUUGCAACUUAUCUUUUUAACUCAUAAAAGUGCUUUGAAAUGUGUUUGUAUAAAAGUAUAUAGAUGCUGGAUUUUUGGUGUUGUUUUAGUGAUUAAUAAUGUGAAUCUUAUUGCUCAUUUGGUGGAUAUUUGAUGCUGGAAAUUUCUAUGAUGGAUGGAGGUGUUGUUAACAUGUAAUUUGAGAGAAUGAUGAGUUUUAAUGGUGUUGAAAUGCUGGAAAUUUAAUGGACAGUUGAUAAUAGUAUUGCUUUAAGUUCAUUGCAACUUGUUAGAGCAUGAAAAUUGGUAAUGAUAUUAGUGUUUCGGUGCUAAUUAGAGCAAGUAGAGGUGCUGAAAAUUAAAUGGUACCAUGCUUAUGUGAAUUGUUGUGCAUUUGACUUGGUCUUGAAUAUUAGUAACACCUUAUGUUUAAUUGUUGAGAACUCUAAUUGUUGAGGAUUUGAUACUUUGUGCUUACUUGAAACUAUGCUUGAUUCUAAUUUUCAACAUGUCAAUUAUAUGCUAUCUUGUGCAAGGUACCAUGAACCACUUUCUUGUGUUUAGGUGUGUUUCUAAGGAACUUUUUUGGGGCUGUUUUAGAACUUCUUAAUGCAGAAUUUUGUUUAUGUGCUUGUUAGUGCAUCUCUUCAUUUUGUUUUGUUUCCUAAAGAUAUGAAAGAAAAUUAAUUGUUGUGCUUGCUGUUUAGUGUUUAAUUGUGAAUUCAAUAGGUAAAAUAGACUUUAUAUGAAUGCUAAUCAUUAGUAAUAGGUGCUGGUUUUUCUUAAGUGUAUUUGUUCUCUCUCUUUUUCUCAAUUUUGCAAAGUGAAUACGUGAUACAUCGGCUUUACUUGAAAACACCACAUCUUUUGAUUCGCUUAGUGUUUUUUAGCGUAUGAAUAGUGUUUCUUGAGUAGAAUAUGUUGUUUGGAACUGUUUAAAUGCUUUAUUUUCGGUUUCGGCCGACCUUUUCCAUUGAUUUUGCUUCUGCCCCGCCUCGAAAGUCGCGCCUCCGGGCCGAUUUAAUAAUUUUCGAGUGUGUUUUCGAAUUCCUUGACACGUUUUAUGGUAACCGUGUAGUUUUUGUUUAAUUCCGAUGACUUUUAUUUUUUUAAUAGUUCAUACCGUUUUCACUAGUUUCCGGAUUCAAUUGACAUGCGUAAUUUUUCUUCAAAUUUCAUUUACAUUCAUAUUCUUUUAAUAUUUGCAUACUCUUUCUAUCACGUAGGCUACUUAGGGUUAGUUCUGCAUAUCAUUUGUGUGCAUGUGGUUUUGUUCUAUCAUUUUCAAUUGUGCCGCAACUUCAGGUUGCACUUUUGUUAUCUCUGACACAUUUGCUAAGUGUGUGCAAGGUACAUCCGGGAGUUCCUUAGUUGAUGCGAGCUGCUUCGUGUUCCACUUUAUUUGUGGGAUACGACACUUUGAUAAUUGUCUAUAUGUACCGUGUGUUUGCUUGUAGGUGUCGCACGAUGGUGCUGAUAUAUGGCUAUACGCGACGUGCGAUUUAUUUUCGCGACGUCGCAGUGCUUUGAUAUGUUGCUUUUACGGAUUCCUGAUGUUGCUUAUUGCUUGUGGACAGUUGCUACGCGAUAUUCCCGGAUUUCUCUGCUUACGCUUGCUAGCUCAUUACGGACUUGCUAUCCGUACGCAAUUGCUUCUUCACACAGUUACGGUACUCGAGGCAAUCAGAGGCGACAAAUGGAACAGAUACAGGAACAGAUGGCUGAAAUGCGAGCUCAACUGAUGGAACAGAUGAACACGCAGAUGACUCAAUUUAUGGAGGCGUUGGCUAACGUCACCAGAGGUCAAGAGGAUUUGAGAGUUCUCGUCGAGAAUUCUAGGAGAACUGAGAAUGUUGGAGGACAAUAUGGGUUAUAUGAUGACGUAUCCGGACGGAUUGAGAACAACCAUGAUGAGAACGAGUUCAGGCAGCCUGCCCACGUGCCUUAUAAUCCUUUCAACCAGAAUCAGGGGUUUCCGCCGCCGCCUCCGUCUCGUCUCCUUGGAGGAAGAGGUCAUCAUAAUCGGGGAAAUCAAGACUUUGAUUUCGAGAAUGUGGAUCAACUGUCGAGGCACAGUGCUGAAGGUGUGCAGGAUGAUGGUGGUAAGAUUCGUCUGAUUGAGGAACGUCUCCGAGCUGUUGAGGGUAAGGGUGUGCUUGGUAUGGACAUCACUGAUCUAGGAUUGGUUCCUGGCGUAAGGGUUCCUCCAAAGUUCAAAGUGCCGAUUUUUGAUAAGUACAAUGGGGCUACCUGUCCCAUGACGCAUGUCAAAGCGUACUAUCGCAAGAUGUCAGUUUAUUCAGAGGACGAAGGUUUCUUGAUGCAUUUCUUCCAAGAUAGUCUUGCUGGGGCUUCCUUGGAGUGGUACGUUCAACUCGAGCGCACUCAUAUCCAUUCUUGGAGAGAUCUUGUCGAAGCUUUCAUUAAGCACUAUCAGUACAAUGUUGAUAUGGCGCCCAACAGGACUCAGUUGCAAAGUUUGGUUCAGGGGUCUAAAGACUCUUUCAAAGAGUACGCUCAGAAAUGGCGUGAGUUAGCCGCAAGAGUUCAACCACCUAUGACUGAGCGUGAGAUGAUCGAUAUGUUCACAAGUACUCUAUCUGGACACUAUUAUUUGGCUUGCAGUGCUUCAGCCAACUUUUCUGAGAUGGUGAGAUAUGGCGAACGUGUUGAAAUGGGUCUAAAGAUGGGGAAAAUUCAGUUAGGAGCUUCUUCUAAUACUCCUAGUGGUAAGAAACAAACUGAGGGUUAUGCCAGAAGGAAGGAAGGAAAUGCGGAUGCCAUAUAUGGGAGAAGGGGUUCAGGAAGAAACAAUUCACAGGUUAAUGCUUUCAUGAUCCCAGUGCCGCAACAACAACAGCAUCUGCAGGGACAUCGUUCCAAUAAUGAUCGCUAUCCUCCUAGGACCAGGCCUCACCGAAAGAUUGAUCCGAUUCCUAUGACCUAUGCUCAGGUGUUGCAACAUUUGCUCAAGAUUGAGAAGAUUACUUUGAGAGAUGCUCCGAAUGCUCCGGACACACAAUCUCCGAAUUACAAUGUGAAUGUGCGGUGUGCUUUUCAUUCCGGUGCUGCUGGACAUGAUACAGAGAGGUGUAUUGCGUUGAAGAAUAAAGUCCAGGACUUGUUGGAUCAAAAGAUAAUUCAGUUCACUCCUACACCCAAUAUUGUCAAUAAUCCGAUGCCUACUCAUGGAGGUUCGGGUGUGAAUGCCAUUGAGAGUGAAGAGACAAGUGUUGUAUCUGAUGUGGGCUGUUUGACUUUUCCUCUGGUGUCUGUGAAGCAACAUCUGGUCAAUAGCGGCAUCUUCCCGGGUUGUGGUGUGGAUUGUGAGAAUUGCAAGAGUCGGCCUGAAGGUUGUGCUGAUUUAAAAAGUAUGGUACAAAAACUGAUUGAUGAGGGUCCUCUUCAAUUUUAUCGAAGGUCGAGAGGUGCGAAAAGUGAGAGUGGUGAAGUGUCUGUGAUUUCAAUUCCUUAUGAGCCGGUUGUUCCAAUCUGUAUCCAAGUGCCUAUUCAGAUACCUGUUAGUAUCCCAUAUGAGGAGCAACCAGCGGCGUUGAUGAUUACCGUGCCAGGGCCUAUUCCAUAUGAGAGUGAGAAGGCCAUCCCUUGGCAUUAUGGUUCAGAUGUGUAUUACUAUGGCACGAAGGAGGAGGGCGAGCUCUCCGAAGAGAAGUCUGUGGAAGCCGCAGUUGCAAACACUGAUAAUUUUGCCGGUACUGGUAGAAUCACUCGCAGUGGUAGGGUGUUCUCCCCUCAGCCAAUACAAAACAAUGCAGAUGCUUUGGCUAAGGCCAAAGGCAAACAAGUGGUGACUGAUGUCCAGAAUUCUCCGAUUCAUAAUGGGCCACCUGAUAGUGCUGUGCCUUCCAAGGAUGUGGAAGAGUUGUUGAGAAUCAUCAAGAAGUCUGAUUACAAAGUUGUUGAGCAGUUGGGUCAGACCCAGUCAAAGAUUUCCAUCUUGCAACUGUUGAUGUGUUCAGAAGGUCAUAGAGAUGCUCUCUUAAGAAUUCUGAAUGGUGCUUACGUCCCGCAUGAAAUAUCUGUGAAUCAGCUAGAGGCGGUAGCCAAUAAUAUCUCCGCUGGAAAUGGUUUGGGAUUUACGGAUCAUGAUCUUCCUCCAGAAGGGAGAAACCAUAACAAGGCCUUGCAUAUUUCGAUUGAGUGUAAGGGGACGACCUUGUCCCGUGUUUUGGUUGAUACUGGGUCUUCUUUAAACAUGCUUCCCAAAUCAGCUCUAAUGAGAAUUGACUAUGCUGGUGUGGAGUUAAGGCCUAGUGAAUUGGUGGUGCGCGCGUUUGACGGUUCAAGGAGGUCUGUGUUCGGAGAGGUAGAUCUACCAAUCCAAGUGGGUCCUCAGAUCUUUACCACAACCUUUUAUGUGAUGGAUAUUCAACCCGCUUACUGCUGUCUGUUGGGACGACCAUGGAUUCACAAGGCUGGUGCUGUGACAUCCACUCUUCAUCAGAAGUUGAAGUAUCCGGUUGACGGUAAAGUGGUGACGGUUUGUGGUGAAGAAGAUUAUAUCGUGAGUCACUUGUCCUCUUUCCAAUAUGUAGAGAUCGAAGGUGAAAUACAUGAGACGCCGUUCCAAGCGUUUGAGGCUGUGAAUGCUGUGAAAACCCCUCUUUGUGAGUUAAAGAAGCCGGAAACGAUUAUGUCUUCCUUGAAGGAUGCACAGGUGGUUGUGGAAACUGGUAAAAGUGAGGGGUGGGGACAGAUGAUUGAUGUGCGCCCUAAGUUCAAUAAAAAUGGUCUCGGUUUCAACCCUGGUAGGCAAAGCUUUACGUCUCCAACAUCAAGUUUCACUCCAGUCAGGUUUGUGAGGGGUGGCGUCAUCCAAGAUGGUAAGGUCAAUGCCAUUGUCAAGGGUGAAGAGGUGGAUAGUGACUGUGAUUUUGAUAGCUGGAUCCGCCCAAGUAUUCCUGGAACAAAGCUCAACAACUGGACGAUUGAAGAUGUCAUUCAAGUCACGCAGGCUCAGGAAUGCUCCACCACCACGGAUUCCAUUGGUAACAGUUCCGCUAUUGCUUAUUAUGAUUUUGACAAUCCGAUCUACCAAGCCGAGGAGGAAGCUUAUGAAGAUUGUGACCUUCCCGAUGAGUUGGCCAGAUUGUUGAAACAAGAAGAAAAGAAAGUGAUACAGCCGCAUCAGGAAGCAAUCGAGAUGGUAAAUGUUGGCACUAAAGAGCAAGUCCGAGAAGUCAAGAUAGGGGCUGCGCUGGAGAAUAGUGUGAAACGGAGGCUUAUUGCUAUGUUGAAAGAGUAUGCAGAUAUCUUUGCUUGGUCCUAUGAGGAUAUGCCUGGUCUCGAUACAAAUAUUGUGGUACACCGUCUACCUCUCAAGGAAGAUAGUCCUCCUGUCAAGUAG